UUGUCCCCAUCCUAUCUCGAAUUUGAAUGGAGGUCCUCCGGCCUUCUGUAGCCUCUUCUAUCGUCGUGUCUCCUCUUCUCCGCUUCAAUUCUUUGCAACCCAAUGCUCUGCGUAAUCCCGAGGUUUCUUUCUUUUGGAGGUAGAGCAUUUAUGGGUCUAUGAGGGCAAUCAGCUUCCUCAUGAAAUAGGGAGAAACAUGUAAAGCAGUGCUUCUCGAUCUUAAUAUACUCAAAUUCAACCUCCGUAAUAUCCGCAGUUGGCAGCUCUAUAUCCAUAGUCAUCACGAGGGGUGCAAGCCCAUUCAUUUCCACCCAGAUUCUAGCAUCUUUGACAUCCUUGAUAGUACUUCUUCCGAGUUCACUUCCAAUAAUGCGGAUAGUUUCGUCAUGCCAAAAAUGCAGAGGGAUACCGUGGAUUCUAACAUUAAAGGAGAUCUUGGAUGGGAAAUUCUCCGAAACUACCGGUUCCCAUCGUUGGAGCAGCAACAUCCAACGUUUGUAGUGGUAUGGUCCUUUAUCAAGGACCUGGAGGAGAUCAUACUCAGAGUCGAAUUUGAAUUGAAAUUUAUCUAGACCCAGCGGUCUUCCAACUAUUCUCCCUUCAAGGUUCCAGACCUGAGACAUGAACUCGGUGACAGCUCUAAUAGGUUUCUGGACUUGGAGAUUCGUUAACCUGCCAAUAAUAGUAAGCCGAUUGACCUCUAUGAGAUCCUCGUAGUCAUUUGCCGGUAUACGCACCAGAGGACGUUUAGUUGGGAGCUCCGGAGGGGCUUGCCCUUUUCCUUUCUCAAAUCUGCUGAAUCUUCUCUCCAUUCUUCAGCAGGUGGAGUAUUAAGCCGUACAAAUUACUUAAACACCGUACGGUCGUGAAUCUUGGGUACUAGGUUGUUAUAAUCGACCAAAACCAGCAGACCAACCGUUUGUAUUCAAUGCUCUGGUGAUAAAUGCUUCUCAAAUAGUUAGGUAGAAGCCUUUAACAGGAUUCAGACUGCAACUUUAUAAAUAGGAGGAUGAGAAAGAGGUUAUAUCAACCCAAGCUUUGAACCUUCAUCAAGUGUCUGCCAUUCCUAAGAUCUACUUUUCACCAGGAGGGGAGGUCGAUCCAAUCAGUAGAUAGCCAGAGGAUGGAGGAACCGGCACAGGAGCGAGGCCCUGGCUGACCCACCGACGUCGUCGGGGGCUGAACCCGGUGAAGUUCCGUUCAGAAUCUCUUGCUGGUCGGGGAGGCUGGCUAUGGACCAGUGGAUAAUUCCAAAAGGGGUUAGACUUUUUGAAUUUCUCAGGGAAUAACAGAGGGUAAAAGGUUGCAGAGGGAAAGAAACGUGGGGGUAAUAGGGGAAGUCAACUAGGGACUAAAGGAUAAAGACUUUUCUCUACUUUAGUGCCUGGGAGAGAAAAAUCUAGAAAAAGAGUUUUCGUAUUUAUGUUCUAUUGAUUGCUAGUGUUUGUUCGGCAUAAAACCCUAACCUUAUAAAUGUCUGGGACGCACGCUAACAACGCACCUCUGAAAACAGAUUGGAACGAAGAGUUUUGUGUUUUGUAAGGAAAGUUCCCAAAUUCUGUUUUCUUAUUCGUGACGAAGAGGAAGAACUACAAUGAAGUAAGUCGAUUGUGUUAUCUUGGAUUUGUUGCCGCUUUCAAUUACUUUCUUUAAUAUUUACUCACACAUAAAAAACUUAUAUUACUUACAUAACCUAUGUGUUGAAGAGAUAGUUUUCAUGUUUUUCAUUGUCAUAACUAGUUAUAAAAGACUUUCUCUCUAAUGUAAGAUAAAAAUCUAACGUUCAUUAAGAGAAAGAACUCAGUAUGAGAGGUAAUACUGAAUCCCAAAGCACUCGUACCGGAGCUUGACAGUGCCCCCGAAAGUACUCAGUACUCAUUGAGUACGGAGGAUAAUAAGGAUCCCGACCUUGAACAAGAAAAACUUCGUCCCCGUCCACCAAAUCGCUGUGCCCGUCGCAGCCACUUUGGUUGGUUACGUAGGAUCUUCUCUACUUCUAAGCCAACGUCUUCGCCUGCUCCUAUUCCAGAUCCGAAAAAAAUCAACUCUAGUGGGGAAAGAAUGUUCAAGACAUGGCGCUACAGGGAAGCUUUGGAGUUCUAUGAUCGAGCAAUAGAGCUCUCACCGAAGAAUGUAACUUAUCUCAGCAAUCGAGCAGCUGCAUUGUCGAGAUUGGGGCGUAUGGGGGAAGCUCUGAACCAGUGGGAAGAUGCCUUAAAGCUGGAUCCACAAUUUGCACAGGCUCGUCACGGUUUAGGCAUGUCUCUUCUUAGGUAAACUGAUUUGCUUCUACAUUUUUUAUUUAUUGAAAGAGAUAUUAUAUCUAAUCAUUUGAGUCUUUGAUUUGGCUACAGUUUAGGUCACAUCGAUGAAGCGAUGAAGCUUGUGGAGGAAGCAUCGUAUAAUAAAUACGACUUGGAGAGAGGGUUAAACGAGUAAACAAAAACUUGAACAAUUGUAUUUUUGCAAGAAGAUGCGGUUAAUGGAAUAAUGUUUUGAGGGAAAUAAGUGCUCCUUUGAUUCCAGGAAGCUUAUUACCUUAUGCGUGGCCUGAGGUAAUUUCCACCAAAAGUAAUAAUAUUUUAAGUGAGAGACUCACAAUGCGGAUGCCCUGAUGAGGAUGAGAAUUAAACACAUUGUUUUGCUUAUCUCACAACUGCAGCUAGCUAUGUGUAGAGUUGAAGCACUAGUAAAACUCAGCCUGGUUGGUGAGGCUCACCAGACAGCACUAAACGCAGCUGCCCUCAAAGUUGAACCACUCCCCGCCUCUUUCUCACAGCCACAGACUCGGUUUUUCGGUAUGCUAUGUAGAGCCUACGCAUAUUUUGUCAAAUCACAAAUAAAUUUUGCUCUAGUAAGAUACAAAGAUGCAGCUGAAAAUGCAGCCAAAGCUUUAGAGAUCGAGCCACAUAAUACUGAAAUUAAAAUUUUCAAGAAAAAUGUUGAAUUGGUUAAAAGGGCUCUGUCUUCCAGCAAGCUGGAAAAAUGGGCUGAAGCAGUGAGAGAUUAUGAGAUCUUACAUCAGGCAAUGCCAUACGAUAAAGUCAUUGCUAAAUCUUUGUCUCAAGCUCAAGUUGCACUGAAGGAAUCUCGCAGCGAAGUAGUUCUAAACAUGGAAUCUGGAGGUGAUGUUAAGGAGAUUUCUAGUCUUGAAGAGUUAAAAGCUGCAUUGCGUCUCGAUAAGUCUGUCAAGAUUAUCUAUUUUUAGAGCCAGAGAAUUUUCUUUAUUAAGUAUACUUUAAUCGUAGAAAAUUAUUGGUUUUUAUUUUUAUUCUUUUUUAUUAUUUUUAAACGAGGUUUUACCAAGAAAAAAACAAUUUCUUAAGGAUUAAUUGUUUAGGGGGCCAGACUUUAGCAAAGGUUAAUUAAAACAAAACAACGCAUUUUUUCGCA